AUGGAAUUGGACUCAUCAGGACUUAGUUCUAGUGUUAUUCAGCAAUACUGGAAUGCCAUUCUCACUUGUUAUUUUCAUAACAAUGAAAUGGUUCGAAUUAAUUCUGCUCAAGUUAUCCGACAAACAUUGGAACAAGGAUUGGUAACACCCGGAUCGUCUAUUCCUACGCUUAUAGCAAUGUCUACUGAUUAUUUGAGUCAAAUUAGAAUUGGAGUUGAUAUAUUAAUUAGAGAUAUGAAUACAAAAUAUAAAGGACUUAUUCUUAGCAAAGCCGUGGCUGGUAUUAGGCUUUCUUUCGAAUUACAGAAGAAGAUUCGAGGUAAUGCUAAUAAAAUUAUUCGUGGUUUUCGAGCAAAUGACAAUCCUUUGAAUAGCAAUAGAGCCUCUACAAAUGGUGAAAAAUUAUUAACUCAUUCAAUUGAUGUUACAGCUUUACUUUCUAUUUUCUAUAUUAAUGUGCGCGCAAAUAGGCAAAAUAGACGUACAUUUCUUUCUUCUCUAUUGAAAAUUUUCUCGGAGGAGAACAGUGAUAAAACAGAACAAGAAGAAUGGCUUUUUCUUUCUGAUAAUUUGGCACAUUUUCCUUACACUGUGAUGGAUGAACCUCUUUAUGUGAUUCAUCAAGCGGAUACAAUUAUCUCUGUUUCCGGUCAAAAUAUUCUCAGCCAAUUACGUCAAUUACUUGUUCCUGUACACCUUGAAAGAAGCUUAGGAUCGAGCAAAGAUGAAACAAACUCAAACAAAUCAAUCAGUAUAGAAGAACCAGAAGAAUUUAGUGUUGAACAUAUUUUAAGUCUGUUAAUUAAAUUUUAUAAAAUAAAUUAUCUCUUACUUUUUAGAGAAUCUUCCGGAGGACAAGGAAAAAAUUUAUGA